CCAAGAAGGCACCUUCAUUAGUCAAACGAAGUAUACUCAAGACAUUCUAAACAAGUUUGGGAUGAAGGAUGACAAGCCCAUCAAGACACUCAUGGGAACCAAUGGACAUCUCGACCUCGACACGGGAGGUAAAUCCGUCGAUCAAAAGGUAUACCGGUCGAUGAUAGGCUCUUUACUCUAUUUAUGUGCAUCUCGACCGGACAUAAUGCUUUCUGUAUGCAUGUGUGCAAGAUUCCAAGCCGACCCUAAGGAAGCUCACCUUACGGUCGUAAAACGAACCUUGAGAUAUUUAGUUCAUACUCCUAAGUUUGGGCUUUGGUACCCUCGGGGAUCCACAUUUGAUUUGAUUGGUUAUUCGGAUGCCGAUUGGGCGGGGUGUAAAAUUAAUAGAAAGAGAACAUCGGGGACUUGCCAGUUCUUGGGACGAUCCCUGGUGUCUUGGGCUUCAAAGAAGCAAAAUUCCGUAGCUCUUUCUACCGCCGAAGCCGAGUAUAUUGCCGCAGGCCAUUGUUGCGCGCAAUUACUUUAGAUGAGGCAAACCCUUAGUGACUAUGGUUACAAAUUAACCAAAGUUCCUCUUCUAUGUGAUAAUGAGAGUGCAAUCCGUAUGGCGUAUAAUCCCGUUGAGCAUAGCCGCACUAAACACAUAGCCAUUCGGUAUCAUUUUCUAAGGGAUCACCAACAAAAGGGAGAUAUCGAGAUUGCAUAUAUUAACACUAAGGAACAAUUAGCCGAUAUCUUUACCAAGCCACUAGAUGAACAAACAUUUAACAAACUUAGGCAUGAGCUAAAUAUUCUUGAUUCUCGGAAUUUCUUUUGAUGUUUUGCACACAUAGCUCAUUCAUAUACCUUUGAUCAUGUCUCUUUUAUAUGCUAUGACUAAAUGUGUUUUCAAGUAUAUUUCAAAACAAGUCAUAGAUUGAAAGGGAAUUGGAGUCUUCGGCGAAAACAAAGGCUUCCACUCCACUCCAUCGAAUCAUUCACCCUUCGCCGUCGCUCCGAGCAACUCUCCAACUUUGGUAUAAUCUUCACUCAUAUGUUAUUUAUCAAAGGGGGAGAAAUUAGUUAUAAGGGCUUAUAUUUCACUCAAGUAUCCGUUUUUGGCGAUUCAUGCCAAAGGGGGAGAAAAUAUUAGCCCAAAGCAAAAGGACCGCACCACCACCAAUUUUUCAAAAUUGAAGCUAAGAAAAAGUUUUCAAAUGAUGAAUUUCUAAAUUGAUAUAUUAUUGUAUUCAAAAGGGGGAGAAAGUAGUAUUUUCAAAAUUGGUAUCUUAAAACCCUCUUGAACACUAAGAGGAGGAUUUUAUUGAGGGUGAGUUUUGUUUAGUCAAAGGAAAAAAACAUUUGAAACAGGGGGAGAAAAUUUCAAAUCUUAAAAAAUGCUUCUCAAAAUCUUAUUCAUUUAUCUUUGACUAUUUACAAAAGGACUUUGAAAAGAAUUUACAAAAGAAUUUGCAAAAACAAAACAUGUGGUGCAAGUGUGGUCCAAAAUGUUAAAGAUAAAGAAACAAUCCAUGCAUAUCCUAUGAGAAUUUAUAUUGGCUCAAUUCUAAGUAACCUUUGCACUUACAAUUAUGCAAACUAGUUCAAUUAUGCACUUCUAUAUUUGCUUUGGUUUGUGUUGGCAUCAAUCACCAAAAAGGGGGAGAUUGAAAAAGAAUUAGGCUUACACCUAUUUCCUAAUUGAUUUUGGUGGUUGAAUUGCCCAACACAAAUAAUUGGACUAACUAGUUUGCUCUAGUCUAUAAGUUCUACAGGUGCCAAAGGUUCACAAUAAGCCAAUAAAAAGACCAAGAAAUGGUUCAAACAAAGAAAGCAAAAGACAUCCCAAAAGGCACCCUGGUCUAGCGCACCGGACUUUCCGGUGCACCAGGGCACUCGAGGCUGAACUUGCCACCUUCGGGAAAAUGGGAGGUCGCUCCGCUAUAAUUUACCGGACUGUCCGGUGAAGCACCGGAUAGUGUCCGGUGUGCCAGCGGAGCAACGGCUACUUCGCGCGCAACGGUCGACUGCAACACAUUAAAUGCGCGCCUGCGCUCGCAGAGGACAGAUGACGCACAAUUGGCGCACCGGACAGGUCUACAGGACCUGUCCGGUGCACCACCGGACAGCCCAGAGGCCCCACAAGUCAGAGCUCCAACGGUCGAACCCCAACGGUCUGCUGACGUGGCUGGCGCACCAAACAGUGUCCGGUGGCGCACCGGACUGUCCGGUGCGCCAUGCGACAGCAGCCUUCCAACGACCAUAUUUUGGUGGUUGGAGGCUAUAAAUACCCCAACCACCCCACAUUCAAUGGCAUCAAAGUUUUCCAUCUUCAACACAUUACAAGAGCUAUAGCAUUCAAUUCUAGACACAACCAGAGAGAUCAAAUCCUCUCCCAAGUCCGAAAUCACUCCAAAUCAAAUAGUGACUAGAGAGAGUGACAUUUGUGUUCAUUUGAGCUCUUGCGCUUGGAUUGCUUCUUUUCUUUCUCAUUCUUCUUGUGAUCAAACUCAUUUGUAAUCGAGGCAAGAGACACCAAUUGUGUGGUGGUCCUUGCGGGAACUUUGUGUUCCGAUUGAUUGAGAAGAGAAGCUCACUCGGUCUAAGUGACCGUUUGAGAGAGGGAAAGGGUUGAAAGAGACCUGGUCUUUGUGACCACCUCAACGGGGAGUAGGUUUGCAAGAACCGAACCUCGG